CGAGGUUUUGGACUUUCUCUCAGCAAACCACGAUGAUACGCACUGCGCUUUCACGAGCAGCGGCCAUCGUCGCCGCCCGCACCUCCGCCAAGCUCCGCCCUUCCCUCCUCGCUCGAUCUCCGCCGUCCAGACUCCUCCACGAUGGGAUUAACGCCAACCCAGUUGCUCUUCAGAUGAUCAACUACGCCGUCUCUCUCGCCAGGUCUCAGAAAUCAGAUGAAUCGUACGGUCAAGCUCAGCUUGUGUUGGAACAGUGCCUUUCAUCUCAGCCUAGUGAAGGCCAGGACCUUGCUACUCAUAAUUCAAGGGCAAUGGUCUUAAUGGCUAUGUCUACUUUGUUAUCUGAAAGAGGAAAGCUUGAUGAAGCUAUAGAGAAGCUGCAAAAAGUUGAAGACUUGAGCAGCUCUUCAGUUGGUGUUAGGAUUGCCGCGUUGGAGGCGCUAGUUGGACUGCACUUAGAGUUGAAGCAGGAUCAUACCUCAUCAGUUCUUGCUGAUAAAUGCUUAGAACUUGCGGAGAAAAAUGAUGAAUCUAGUGAUUCCGAGGGAUAUACUCGAGCCGUAGCAGUAAAAGGACUUGUUGAGCUUGUGCAUGGUAAUCUUGGAAUAAGUAAAGAUGUAGCUAAAGGUGAACUUUUCAUUCGAGAAGUGGAGAGAAAUGUUGAGGAAGUUGAAGAAUUUACUGGUAGUACUGCUUUAUUCUUUGGAGAGCUCUUGCAUGCCAGACAGAGCUAUGAGAUGGCGAAGAAGGUUUACCAGAAAAUUAUCCAAAAUGAUUCCAGGAAUGAAGAGUUCAGUGACCCAAGUUCAUUAGCAGCUGGUAAUAUGUCGUCAGACAAAGUUUUGUUAGCGGCCACAUGUGCGUUGGGACAACUGGAGGCUCAUGCAGGGAACUUCGGUGAUGCUGAGGAGAUUUUAACAAGAGCUUUGACUAAAACAGAGGAACAUUUUGGCUCUCAUCAUCCCAAAGUAGGUGUUAUUUUAACCUGCAUAGCUCUCAUGUUUCGGCGUAAAGCAGUCCAAGAGCAUUCCAGUUCUAUAUUGAUCCAAGAGGGACUUUAUAGGAGGGCAAUAGAUUUGCUGAAAGCUCCAGCAUUUGAGGCUGAAGGUGCAGAAGCAAAGGCAGAUAGAAGUGAUAUAGUGGCCCUUGCAAGAGGUGGGUAUGCAGACGUACUUUGUGUCCAACAGAACCGAAAGGAUCAAGGAGAAAAAAUGAAGAAGUGGGCUGAGGCUGCAUGGGGAAACCGCCGGCUUUCAUUGGCAGAAGCACUAGAUGUAUCUAAUACAGAUAAAUCUUUAAAAGUUCCAAUUGUGGAUGCUCGAAUCAGCAGGGUUCUGUAGUGUUUUCAUUCCUAGGAUCCGCAGACAGCAGUGGCAG